CUUUGACGAAACCGGCAACAUCGCAUUUUGGCCUCGAGCUGUCAAUAUGACAAGCACAUUGGAUGCUGUCAACUUGUUCUGUAUGUUAUUCUCUACGAAUUUUGGAAGAGCCAUUUCCUUCAAAUUUCACUUUUUAUUUUUUUGAACGAAUGUUAGUUUUACAAUAGUCACUUUAGAAAGCUGAUAUUUCAGACAUGUCGGAUCCAGAGUUAGAUGCAAUCAGACAACAGAGGCGUGCACAGCUACAAUCGCAAUACGCGGGAACCGGUGAUGCUGAAGCCGAGAAAUUGAAAGAAGAACAGCUCAAAGCUAGAGAAGAUGCGAAAAAUUCAAUUUUAUCACAAAUAUUGGACCAGGCGGCCCGUGCUAGGUGUAAAUACUUUGAUGCUGGGUAAGCCAGAAAAAGGAAAAAUGGUGGAAAACUUACUGCUACAGAUGGCACAGACAGGGCAGAUCUGUUCUAGGGUUACUGAAGAUGAGUUGAUAAAAUUACUAGAAAAUGUUAGUAGCCGGACACAAAGUAAAACAUCUGUCAAAUUUGACAGAAGGAGAGCUGCAUUGGAUUCUGAUGAUGAAGAUUUAUAAUUUUUGAAAUUAUUUGUAAUUUCUGAUUAAUCUAUUUCAUAAUUCAUGCAGUUUAAAAUGAGUAAUUGCUAAAAACUAAUACUUUAUAUUUCAUAAUUAUAACUAAUUUAUACAAUAAAAUCAAUUAACAGAUCCCUUAUUGUUAAAAUAUGACUAGUUAUCCCUCAGUCCUUUUUAUCAUGAUCAUCUGCAAAAUAAAAUAAGUUUAG